AUGAGCGGCACGACUGACCGCAACCAGUUCGACGAUGCCGUCAAUCAACUACAGAAAUACGCCGAUGCUCCUAGGGCAGAUUUUGCCAAUCUUCUAGGGGUCAAUCCUGACGGCGGUUAUGCCCACACAGCUUCUGUCUCUGGAAUCCAAGAAUCCGACUAUCCAUCAAUUCCUGCGUCAGAUUCGGUGCCUCUCCUUGCCCAGAAAAAACGCGUUCCCCUCCCCGCGGAGCUGAUAGAGCAGUUUGGUCACAUGCAGACAGAUUGGAAAUUGGGUAUUUUUACAGAAAUUCAAAGAGCCUGGCUGACGAUUGAUGCAGAUAUAUUUAUCUGGAAAUAUGAGUCUGGCGAAGAUUUAGCUUAUUAUGACGGCCUUUCAGAAGCGAUUAUCACAUGUGCGCUUGUAAAGCCGGUGAAACAGAUCUUCCGCGACGUCAAACACAUCCUCGUCGUCGCCACUGCCAUGGAAAUCAUCCUCCUCGGAGUCUGUUUCAACAACGACAACACCGACGAAGAGCUCAACAUCAUUCCCGAUCCUCUCUACACAGUGUCCACCGACAACAUCAGAUUCCAGUCGAUCACAGGCACUGAUGACGGGCGCAUCUUUCUCGCCGGAAAGGACGGUUGUUUGCACGAGGUGGCCUACACUAACGAAUCGGGCUGGUUUGGACGCAAGUGUCGGCGGAUCAAUCACUCGUCUUCCUCGAUCGGAUACCUGAUCCCAUCAGUCGUCCAGAACGUCUUGUUUGAUGAUGAUCCGCUUUCCCACCUACUGGUCGAUCGUAAACGAAAGACAAUUUGGACGCUGUCUGAAAAAGGCUCGAUUUCGCUUUACGAUCUCGGCAAAACUGGAACUGGCAUCAGCAAAGUCGCCUCACUUUCCAGCUCCUCCAUCGUCCACGCCGCAUCACGUGCUGCCCCGCAGUGCGACAAGUCCUUCUUCUCUCCUAUCGUCGCCGUUGCUACUAUCGACGCUGGCUCAUCACAGGCCAUUCACUUUGUCGCCGUCACACAAGCUGGUCUUCGAUACUAUUUCAGCACUGGCUCUAGGGAACGGCCUCAUCACCUACUCCUCGUCCAUGUUCGCCUACCACCUGGCUUCACUUCCUCGACAGCAGAGCUCAAGCCAAGGAAAGUGCAUUCCGCCCUUCUGACAGGGGAAGUGUCCCUCCUUUGCUCAGAAGAGAGCGGCCUCGAAGCAGACCAGAUGUGGUCGCUCGUCGGAAUCAGUAACGGCAGCGCCAACAUGCCGGAAGAAUACGGCGUCAACCGACUUGACUGUCGCGUCUGGACUUGCGCUUCGAUCUCUGAUAUCGACGAUCCUCUUGUCCCGCCAGAAAAUGGCACCCUUGGGCUUGCUCCCCACAGAGACGUCUGCUCCGUCUACCAGCCUUCUUCAGAAUUCGUCGUCAUGACAAAACAGGGAACUUCCUUGUACGAAAGUCUUCCCAGCGCGCAUCAACUCUUGAACAUUCUCAAACGAAGCGGUGGUAUGGAAUCCGCCGAGCUGGAACGAUUCAUGAUCACUCGUGAUCAGUCUGCCGAGGCGACCGCUUGUGCCAUUCAACUCGCUUGCGACGGGGCCAUCGACCACGUCACUUCCAGCUGGGCAACCGGUGCCUUUUUCCGUUACGGUGGCGGCCCAACCAGAAGUGGAGCCACCAAUUCCAACACGAAUGGUUCUCUUUCUGGAGCUCCACUCUCGCCAAUGGCUAACCGAGCAGCGUCGCCGAAUGUCUCUUCAUUUUUCUCGCCUAUUCGAGGAAAUCACAACCAGGGCAAUGGUUUUGUACAGUCGACACCCUUCGGCCAGCGUGCACCUGGUCUGCCAACGCCAAACCAGCCGAACUUGAACUCCACCACGCUCGCACCUGGACCUGGUGGCGACAUGGUCGUCGUUAACUCCGCCAAAUUCAGAGGUCUUGUCAAGUACUUGUCGAGAGUCCUGCGCCCAGUCUGGUUAAAUACCAUCACCAACAAACCUGACCCAGUUAUCAAGCAGUUGCCUCACACAACUCGCCUGAGCCCGAUUUCUCUAGCACGCGUUCUCACUGCCCUCAAAAAGCUCAAAUCAUGGAUGGACGCCAACAACAUCGGUACGGUUCCAUCAUCCGUCGCCAAUGCGACUGAUCUUCAGUCUUACGAAAACGCCCAGUUUUCUUCGGUCUAUGCACUUGUCUGUAGAUCGCUGGAAGUCGCCUCUCUCUGGCACUUGUUGACUGAAAAUCAGCUCCAUGUCGUCUCCAAGGAGCUCUCGACCAACGAUAAAGAACUGCUCGACUCCGUCCUGUUCAAGGACUUGGUCACCACGGAAGUCGGCCGAGUUCUGUGCCAGAACCUCAUCACUGCCCUUCUGUCCUGCUACAUCGGUGAUAACGCCUCCAUCGACUUCGUCUCGAGAUCCCUUCGAGACAUUUGCCCAACUCUCUUCUCGGCCGACGACGCCAUCUGCAGCCGAGCAACUGAGAUCCUCGCCCUCACAAGAAAUGCGACGGACCAGGAAGCAAAGGAGCGAUGCGAGGAAGCUCUAGGUCUCUACUUGACGAUUGCACAUACCUGCAACCUUGGCGCUGUUGUUCCUCAAUUGAAAAUGGCUCAAUACUGGGAAGGCAUCGUCACCCUCUGCAUUGCCGCCGCCGACAAACGCGAUCCAUCUGGAAUGGCCCUUCACCACUUCAAACAAGAGUGCCCAGCUGACGACUUGGAAGGCAAACGAGCCUACUCAGUUCGCCGUGAUUGCUACGAAUCCUGCCUCUCCGUCAUCAAAGAACUCGUCGAAGCUGCCAAGCACACCACAUCAACGCCGGCGUUGCCUAUCAGUCCCGGCAAGAAGCCACAGAGUCGUAAAGAAAAUAAAAACGAAAACUCUGCAGAAGAGGCUGCCCGCGCCGCCGACGAAAUGCUUAUUCAGAUCAUCAAUUCCGAGGAUGAACUUUUCCACAUCGCGGUAUUUGACUGGAUGAUGCAAUCGGAGUUGGCCGACAGGCUUCUCUCGGUUAAGAGCGGAUUCUUGGAAAGCUACUUGUUGCAGACUGUCAAGGCUUCUCCCGACAAUAUUCUCGCGGCGGAUAUGCUCUGGAAAUAUUACGAACAGAUCCAGCAGCAUGGAGCCGCCGCGCGAACGCUGAUGGACUUGGCGCAGAAUGCACCCGGUCUGAAGCUCUCCACCAGAUUAGAAUAUUUGUCGAGAGCGGUGAUCGACGCCGGCGCGAUAAUGGCCCCCACUGCCGCCGAUGAACAGCUUCGACGAGACGCGCAAGAAGCUGCUGAAGUAGCCGGCAUUCAGCAUCUUAUCCAAGUCCAAACUCGCGAUAACUUGCUCGAUGAUCGACUGUUUGACCUCAACAAGCUCUAUCAGGAUUAUGCUGAUCCGCUUGAUUUGCCAGAAGUCAAGUUGGCCAUCGUUCACUCCGCUGGGCAGUAUGAUGAGGCAACUGUUGAUGGUUUCUGGCAGGAAAUCAUCGAGAAAGAGGUCGAGCAAUCGAAAGAUCUCUCACCCGAUGCUCAAGUAUCGGCCAUGCGAGCCAAAAUACUAUCUGUUGGCCAGCGAUACUCGGCAAGCGGACGAUUUCUGCCGAAGCUAUUCAUCAUCAACUUCCUUGAAAAAGUCUCUUGCUUCAUGCAGUGGCCCAACAAAGGCUGGGUCGUCCAGGUCUUCAAGGAAGUCGGCGUUUCCAUGCUCAGCAUUUUGGAAACGUACUUCGAAAUCAUUCAAGACAACGAUGAUUUCUGGGCUCAAAAUGGCCAGCCACUUCACCUCAUCGACGUUUUGAAGGUUAUCUUCGAAACGUUCCUUGAGAAGCCACAAGUCGUCGUCCCCAACGAACGACGUCUGUUCGUCGACAAGUGUCUUCAGAUCAUUGCCUCCGCCAAUGUGACACUUGGCGGCAUGACGAACGCCGACACCACUCUGGCGAUGAACAAUCUGAAGCAAGUUCAAUACAAGCUGGAAAGAUGGCUUCAAUAA